AUAGGUGAGAUCGCGCGGGCGGAACCGGGUAGAAAAAACAAGUUUCCUUAGCGAAGUUUCUCUCUCACGAAGGUAAUCUCCUACUCCUCUAAUAUAUCGGUCAUCGUGCAGCAACUGCAACUUGCAGCAAGUGGCAGUUCAUGGCAGUCGUGCGUGCCGUUUAUUGCAUCGGUCCUUUAUGCUUUCGCCGGAGCGUCAAGCGGGAGCCGAGUAGAGUCAAUAGAUACAACUCAUCAUUCGAGAUUUCCCGGUCGCCGCGCAGCGGCGAUGACGGACAACGUGUCCGUCUAUUCACGCUGCGAGACCCGCCUGCGUCUGCCACGUUCACGCAACGAGAUAAGUCAUAAGAGAUGCUCGAUAGCCAGUAAAAUAAUUCGUAGAGCGCAACUGAAGAUACAUUUAAAGAAACCUUAAAUAUAAGGCCUGACUCUGAAUACGAGCAUUGUGCCCGUAGUCUUCGUUAGAGGCUCGCGAGACAUGAUCCUCUCGCGAAGAUGAGGCGAAACGUAAUCAGCCUAGUCAAGUUCCUCCUUCUGGCGGCGUUCACCGUGUUCCUGACCGUCGUGGUGUUCCACUACGCGCGAUUACCCAACCGUCGAAGCUCGACGUCACUCGACACCCUGGCGGCGGCAGUGGUGGACGACAGCAAUCGAGGGAACGACGAGCAUUUACGUCAGGAUUUGGACGACAAAAUUGAUUGGCAUGACUACAAGAAAAUUCAGGAAGAAGAAAAACGUACGGGGAUAGGAGAACAUGGAAGACCAGCUUUUCUUUCCCCAUCCCUCGACGUGCUAAAAGAAAAAUUGUAUCAAGUAAAUGGAUUCAAUGCAGCAGUCAGCGAUGAGAUAUCAAUGAAUCGUUCAGUACCUGACAUUCGCCAUCCAGAUUGUAAAAAGAAGAAAUAUUUGAAGAACCUGGAUCCCAUUUCUGUGAUAGUGUCCUUCCACAACGAGCAUUUCAGCACGCUACUGCGAACCUGCUGGAGCGUGGUUAAUCGUUCGCCGCCUUCCCUUUUAGAAGAGAUUAUAUUGGUCGACGACGCCAGCACGAAAGUCGAGUUAAAAAAGAAACUAGAUGAUUACGUUGCCCAACACUUGCCGAAGGUAUCCAUCGUACGAUUAUCAAAACGCUCGGGAUUGAUCAGAGGCCGAUUGGCGGGUGCGAAGAAGGCGAGAGCGAAAGUUCUCGUGUUCCUGGACUCUCACAGCGAAGCCAAUGUGAAUUGGUUGCCACCGUUGUUAGAACCUAUCGCGCAAGACUACAAAACUUGUGUUUGUCCGUUCAUUGAUGUGAUAGCUUAUGAGACUUUUGAAUAUAUAGCGCAAGAUGAAGGCUCCCGAGGAGCAUUUGACUGGGAGUUGUAUUACAAGCGGCUUCCAUUACUUCCGGAAGAUUUGAAGAGACCCACAGAGCCAUUCAAAAGUCCUAUAAUGGCGGGCGGUCUGUUUGCGAUCAGUGCCAAAUUCUUCUGGGAAUUGGGCGGUUAUGAUCCGGGUUUGGAUAUAUGGGGUGGCGAACAAUAUGAACUGUCCUUCAAAAUCUGGCAAUGCGGCGGUCAAAUGUAUGACGCGCCAUGCUCUAGAGUUGGUCAUGUCUAUCGUAAAUUCCCACCAUUCCCUAAUCCCGGCCGCGGCGAUUUUCUGGGAAAAAACUUCAAAAGAGUUGCUGAGGUAUGGAUGGACGAAUACGCGGAAUACCUUUACAAGAGACGACCGCACUUGCGGACAUUGGAUCCGGGAGAUUUGUCAGAGCAAAAGGCCUUGCGCAAGAAAUUGCACUGUAAAUCCUUUAACUGGUUCAUGAAGAACAUAGCCUUUGAUCUCAUGGAAGUAUAUCCACCCAUAGAGCCAGACGAUUUUGCUUACGGAGAGAUUAGGAACAUGGGCGUGCCCGAACUAUGUUUGGAUUCGAAGAAGCGAAAGAGGGACGAGCUUGUCGUGGUGGACACCUGCAUGAAAGACGAUCAAAAAGUGUCGGGUGAACAAGAAUUCCGAUUGACCUGGCAUAAGGAUAUCAGGCCGAAAGAUCGCACAGAAUGCUUGGAUGUAUCCAAAGGCGAAGAGAAAGCACCAGUGAACUUGUAUCCUUGCCAUGGGAAACAAGGCAAUCAGUUGUGGCGUUAUGAUGUUGAAAAGCAGUGGCUGCAGCAUGGUUACUCGUCUAGAUGCCUAGAUACCGAUCCGAGUAGUAAAAGAGUGUUUGUGACUAUAUGCGACAAAUCAUCACCCACUCAGAAAUGGCGGAUAGAACAAGUUAACAUGAAGGCGAUCAAUAAUUGGGAGAGCAUAGGACCCAAGCUCAAGUAAACUCUCUUCCUUUGUACUGCCAUAAUGUUUCUUGAACAGUAGGCUCACGCCGAAUUCCUGUUUGUUAUAGGCCUGUUUCCGUCAAUGUAGAUUAACUUCCAUUUAACUUAUUUUUUAUGUUUUUCUAUUUCUAAGAAUUAGAAAUAGAUAAAAAGUAAAUUAAACUGAGAUUAAAGUUAUUCUACAUUGCGCAUUGGUAGAAAUGAAUCAUAGAACUUUAAGGAUUUUUUUAUUCCUGGUUACUAGUCACAUCGCAAAUUCCAAGUUGAACAACAUACUGAACUUAUAUUAAUAAGCAACGAAAAGUAAGACUCGAUCAACGCGCAGUCCGAGUAAUUUGCACGUAGCGUAAGGCGAAGUUUUCGUUCUUUGAAUGUGCAAUCCGAAUAACAAGCGGUCUUUAUAUCGGCGGAUGUGUCUAUACAUAUCACAUAAGCGCUCUAUCGUGCCUUACAUCACAUAGCCAUACGUAGGAAUACGGUACGAUAAUGAUCUUAGCAUUUAAGUUUCACCUUUCGCUCAAAUUAAUAUUACGGUAUUAUAACCUUUUCAAACGUUGCUUAGCAGCAUGACUAAGCAGAACUGAUAUUGUUUUAUUUAUUAUAAUAACAAUUUUUUUCAUUAAAACAAUUUUCUUUAACGAGUCAAGUUUUAAAGUCUU